AUGAUCCUGAGGAGAUCCCGGGUCACCUGCGCCGGAAUUGCCUUCGCCCUCUGCCUCCAGCACCUCGUCAGCGCCAUCGAGGUCCCCCUGGACCUGCCGCAGCCCCCCACCAUCACCAAGCAAUCCAUCAAGGAUUACAUCGUGGAUCCCAGGGAUAACAUCUUCAUCGAAUGCGAAGCCAAAGGCAACCCCGUUCCCACCUUUUCCUGGACGCGGAACGGGAAGUUCUUCAACGUGGCCAAGGAUCCCAAGGUGUCCAUGAGGAGGAGAUCGGGGACUUUGGUCAUCGACUUCCACAGCGGGGGCCGGCCCGACGACUACGAGGGCGAGUACCAGUGCUUCGCCAGGAACGACUACGGCACGGCCCUUUCCAGCAAAAUCCACCUCCAGGUGUCCAAAUCUCCGCUGUGGCCCAAGGAAAAGGUGGAUGUGAUCGAGGUGGAUGAGGGGGCCCCGCUGAGCCUGCAGUGCAAUCCCCCACCCGGCCUCCCCGAGCCCGUCAUCUUCUGGAUGAGCAGCUCCAUGGAGCCGAUCCCGCAGGACAAGCGCGUGUCCCAGGGCCACAACGGGGACCUUUACUUCUCCAACGUGCUGGCGCAGGACGCGCUGACCGACUACAGCUGCAACGCGCGCUUCCACUUCACCCACACCAUCCAGCAGAAGAACCCCUACACCCUCAAGGUCAAAACCAAGAAGUCCCAUAACGAAACGUCUUUAGGAAAUUCCCCCGCCAUGUACCGCGCCCGAGGGAUCUCAGAAACCACUCCCAGCUUCAUGUAUCCCUAUGGAACAUCCAGCAGCCAGAUGGUGCUCCGAGGGGUGGAUCUCCUGCUGGAAUGCAUCGCCUCCGGAGUACCAGCGCCGGACAUCAUGUGGUACAAGAAAGGCGGGGAGCUCCCGGUGGGUAAAACCAAGCUGGAGAACUUCAACAAGGCCCUGCGCAUCUCCAACGUGUCCGAGGAGGACUCCGGGGAAUAUUUCUGCCUGGCCUCCAACAAGAUGGGCAGCAUCCGCCACACGAUCUCGGUGAGAGUGAAGGCUGCUCCCUACUGGCUGGAUGAGCCGGAGAACCUGAUCCUGGCCCCAGGAGAGGACGGCAGGCUCGUGUGCCGCGCCAACGGCAACCCCAAACCGUCCAUCCAGUGGCUGGUGAACGGAGAGCCCAUCGAAUCGUCUCCCCCCAACCCGAGCCGGGAGGUGGCCGGGGACACCAUCGUGUUCCGGGACACGCAGAUCGGCAGCAGCGCCGUGUACCAGUGCAACGCGUCCAACGAGCACGGCUACCUGCUGGCCAACGCCUUCGUCAGCGUGCUGGAUGUUCCCCCCCGGAUCCUGGGCCCCCGGAACCAGCUGAUCAGGGUGAUCCAGAACAACAGGACGCGCCUGGAUUGUCCCUUUUUUGGGUCCCCCAUCCCCACCCUGCGCUGGUUUAAGAACGGCCAGGGGAACACGCUGGAUGGAGGCAACUACAAAGCCCACGAGAACGGGAGCUUGGAGAUGUUCAUGGCCAGGAAGGAGGACCAGGGAAUCUACACCUGCGUGGCCACCAACAUCCUGGGGAAAGCUGAGGCCCAAGUCCGCCUGGAGGUCAAAGACCCCACCAGGAUCGUGAGGGGCCCCGAGGACCAGGUGGUCAAGAGGGGCACCAUGCCCCGGCUCCACUGCCGCGUCAAGCACGACCCCACGCUGCGGCUCAUGGUCACCUGGCUGAAGGACGAUGCCCCCCUGUACCUGGGGAACAGGAUGAAGAAGGAAGAGGAUGGUCUGACCAUCUAUGGCGUGACUGAGAAGGACCAGGGCGAUUACACGUGUGUGGCCAGCACGGAGCUGGACAAGGACUUGGCCAAGGCCUAUCUCACCGUGCUGGCACGACCUGACCAGCCCCGGGACCUGGAGCUGACGGAUCUGGCCGAGAGGAGCGUGAGGCUGACGUGGAUCCCUGGAGAUGACAACAACAGCCCCAUCACAGACUACAUUGUGCAGUUCGAGGAGGAUCGUUUCCAGCCGGGAGUGUGGCACGACCACUCCAGGUACCCCGGGAGCGUCAACUCGGCCGUGCUGAGCCUGUCCCCGUACGUCAAUUACCAAUUCCGCGUCAUCGCCGUCAACGACGUGGGCAGCAGCGUGCCCAGCGUGCCCUCCGAGCGCUACCAGACCAACGGGGCACGUCCUGAAAUAAAUCCAACAGGAGUUCAAGGGGCAGGGACCCAAAAAAACAACAUGGAGAUCACGUGGACCCCCCUGAACGCAACUCAGGCUUACGGGCCCAACCUCAGGUACAUCGUGAGGUGGCGGCGGCGGGACCCCCGCGGGAGCUGGCACAACGAGACGGUGCGGAGCGCGCGGCACGUGGUGUGGAACACGCCCAUCUUCGUCCCCUACGAGAUCAAGGUGCAGGCCGAGAACGACUUCGGCAGAGCCCCCGAGCCCGACACCUACAUCGGCUACUCCGGGGAGGAUUAUCCCAAGGCUGCGCCCACGGAUAUCAGGAUCAGAGUGUUAAACAGCACAGCCAUAGCUCUGACCUGGACCCGGGUGCACCUGGACACCAUCCAGGGACAGCUCAAGGAGUACCGAGCCUAUUUCUGGAGAGACAGCAGCUUGCUGAAGAACCUGUGGGUCUCCAAAAAACGGCAGUUUGUGAGUUUUCCUGGAGACCGCAACCGGGGCAUCGUGUCCCGGCUGUUCCCUUACAGCAACUACAAGCUGGAGAUGGUGGUCACCAACGGCCGAGGGGACGGGCCCCGCAGCGAAAUGAAGGAAUUCCCCACCCCUGAAGGAGUGCCCAGCUCCCCCAGGUACCUGCGGAUCCGACAGCCCAACCUGGAAGUCAUCAACCUGGAGUGGGACCACCCCGAGCAUCCCAACGGGAUCAUCACGGGAUACACCCUCCAAUACCAACCCUUUAACGGGACCCGGAUGGGCAGGAUGGUGGUGGAGAACCUGUCCCCCAACCAGACGAGGUUCACCGUGCAGAGGUCAGACCCCAUCUCCCGCUACCGCUUCAGGCUCCGCGCCCGCACCCAGGUGGGAGAGGGAGAAAUCCUGAUGGAGGACUCGCCGGCGCUGCUGGAUGAAGCCACGCCAAGCCCAGCCUACACCAAGAACCAGGUGGACAUCGCCACGCAGGGCUGGUUCAUCGGCCUCAUGUGCGCCAUCGCCCUCCUGGUGCUCAUCCUCCUCAUCGUCUGCUUCAUCAAGAGGAGCCGCGGCGGGAAGUACCCAGUGCGGGACAACAAGGACGAGCACCUCAAUCCCGAGGACAAGAACGUGGAGGACGGAUCCUUCGACUACAGGUCUCUUGAAAGCGAUGAAGACAACAAACCUCUUCCCAACAGCCAGACCUCGCUGGACGGGACGAUAAAGCAGCAGGAGAGCGACGACAGCUUGGUGGACUACGGAGAAGGGGGCGAGGGCCAGUUCAACGAGGACGGCUCCUUCAUCGGCCAGUACACGGUCAAGAAGGACAAAGAGGAGACCGAGGGCAACGAGAGCUCCGAGGCCACGUCCCCCGUCAAUGCCAUUUAUUCCUUGGCAUAGCAAAAACGCCGGGAAAAGCCUCCAGAGCCCGAGGGGUUCGGAGCGGCCGCGGGUUCCGCCGGCAGCCGCCGCCGCCGCCGCCUCCGACAGGAAAGGGAAUCGAGCGAGGACUGAAAAAAAACAAAACAAAACAAAACAAAAAAAUAGAGAAAAAAAU